ACUAGACAGAUCCGCCAAACAGACAGACAUUUCAUGGGCUUGAAGCUUCUUCCAUUUGAAAGUAUAUCUGCGACAGAAUCCAACACUAUGUACCGCAUCCUCCUGUUGCUCUGUGCAGGUCUUUCCCUGUCUACCUGCGACAUCACUGUCCCGCUAAACUCCAGUAUUUCCCUUCCUUGUCUUCCUGACAAAGCCCCUACACUGGUUGACUCUACAUACACCUGGAGCGUCACGUCUAAUCAGACACAGCAGCAGCACAUACUGGAGGAGAAGAGUAACAUCUUGAACUUCAGAAGCAUAAAUACCUCUGACAGCGGACAGUACAAGUGUGUGCAGGAAGGCUAUAAAGGAGAGGGUCGUGUGAGGUUAAGCAGAACAUUCACGAUACGUGUGGAAGAACCCCCACCUUUUCAGGAAUGGCAGGUCAUCAAAGUAGAAGCUAUGAAUGAUGUCACGCUUCCAUGCCAGGUUAACGGAUUUCUCUCUUCCAGAGAAACAAAAUCACCCCCUGUUGUCUGGAAACGAGAGAAAGAAGGUGUGGUCGUGCUUCUCAAGCCUGUCAAAGAAACAGACAGGCAAGAAGAGAGAGACCUGACACUUCAGAGGGUUUUCUGGAACAACAGGUCUGAUGAACAGGACUGGGCGAUUAAAAUUAGUCAGGCCAGAGAGGAAGACGCUGGGAUGUACCAGUGUGUCAUAACAGAAUCAUCUCAUACGCUGUUGGUGGAGCUGGAAGUGCAAGCCCCUCCUCCACCCCGCUGCCUUGGCCACACCGACCCAUGGGAGGCCUGUUUGGAUCCAAACAGCAGAUCAGGGAGGGCAAUUGUGCAGGAAUCACUCAGAGAAUUCGCCACCUCUGUGUACAGCAAUCUUAAAGGUUCAAAACCCAAAACCAACUUGAUCUUCUCCCCAGUCAGCAUUGCUGCAGCUCUUUAUAACUUGCUUUUGGGUGCUCGAGGUGAGACCAGGAAACAGUUGGAAGAUGCUCUCAAGCUUCCUCCAAAAUUCUCCUGCUUGCAUUCUGAAAUAAAGAAUCUGAAACAAGUGAUGAAGGACACGCUGGGAAUGGCCUCUGCCAUAUUUUAUACCCCAGAGCAACAGUUGGGAGAAGCUUUUAUCAACCAAUCACUGGAGUUCUAUGAUGCCAUGCCACAGAAGCUGACCAAUGACAGCGAUCUAAACGUGAAGCUCAUCAAUGAAUGGGUAGCAGAUAAGACAAACAAGAAAAUCACCGAGUUAAUUACAGAGGUGGAUCCCUCCACUUCGUUUGUUCUGUUAAAUGCCGUCUACUUUAAUGGUAAAUGGAAGACAGUAUUUGAGUCCACAAACAAACCGGAUAAGUUCACUACAUUUUCUGAUCAGGCCAAAGAUGUCCCGACUCUCUACAGCUCCAAAUACAGCCUUCAAAUGGGUUACUUCAAAAAUUUAAAGGCUGAGGUAGGAAAGUUCCCUCUUACAGGCAAAAACAGCCUGUACAUACUGGUCCCGUCCACACCGUCAGAAAAGGACUUCUUAUUGAUGGAGAACAAUAUAAACUACAAAACUAUUGAAGAAAUGGUUUCCAAGAUGAACAAAAUGCCAAUCCAAACUGCUGAGGUCACACUGCCUGUAAUUAAACUGACUGAGAUCACACCACUGGAGAAGUUACUGAGGAAUCUGGGUUUGUCAGAUCUCUUCUUAAAUCCUAACUUGUGCGGAAUGUUUCCGGGUGAAUCUGAAUCAUUCAUCUCAGAUGUUCGUCAUAGUGCUUCUCUCUCGCUCACGGAGAAGGGAGUGGAGGCCGCCGCAGCCACAAGCAUUUCUUUUUCUCGCUCCUCCUCUUCAUUCUCGGCUUUACAGCCCUUCAUUCUGGUGCUGUGGGACGAUGAGGCUGCCAUUCCUCUUUUCAUGGGAAGAAUUAUUGAUCCAUAAAAAAAGAGAGAGAGAAAGACAUCACAGUAGUGUUCUGCCGCAAAAAAAUAAAUACUGAAACUUUCUGUUGUACAUUCAUUCAUUUAUCACAAACAAAUGCAAAUGUAACAAUAUCAUGUUAUGCAUAGAAUAAGAAUGCAUGCAGAAUCUCUGUCAUUAAAGAUGUACUUUACAUCAUG